AUUCUGCAAACAUCAAGCUUCAUGAAGCCGAUUUUAGUUCUUUCGCUGUUGCUUACAACAGCUAUGUUCUUGAGAUCGGAAUCUACAAGCCGAGCUGAUUUCCCAGAUGGAUUUACAUUCGGAACUGCUUCUUCUGCCUAUCAGUUUGAAGGAGCAGUUGACGAAGGAAAUAAAGGAGAUAGCAUCUGGGAUACUUUCUCAAGGCUACCUGGACGGAUAUUGGACUUCAGCAAUGCGGAUCAGGCUGUCGAUCAAUAUCAUCGCUUCAAGACCGAUAUCGACUUGAUGAAGAAUCUGGGUAUGGAUGCUUAUAGAUUCUCAAUAUCAUGGUCAAGAAUAUUUCCAAAUGGAACAGGCAAACCGAAUCCUCAAGGGAUUGAAUACUAUAACAACCUCAUUGAUUCUUUAUUGGAAAAAGGAAUCCAGCCAUAUGCAACUUUGUAUCACUGGGAUCUUCCGCAAACACUUGAAGAUAAAUACGAAGGAUGGUUGAACACUCAGAUAAUAGAGGAUUUUAAGCAUUAUGCUUUUACAUGUUUUAAAGAAUUUGGUGAUAGAGUGAAACACUGGAUCACCUUCAAUGAGCCUCAUGGUUUUGCAAUUCAAGGCUAUGAUUAUGGUAUUCAAGCACCAGGGAGAUGCUCUUUUCUAUUCCAUUUGUUAUGUAAGAAGGGAAAAUCAUCUGAAGAACCAUACAUUGUAGCUCACAACAUUCUGCUUUCUCAUGCAACUGUUUAUCAUGGCUACCAUGAUCAUUUCAAGGCAAAACAAGGAGGUCUAAUUGGGAUAUCAUUAGAUAUCAAAUGGUAUGAACCUUUUUCUGAAUCUGAUGAAGAUCAAGAAGCUGCAACUCGAGCAAUGGAUUUUGGACUUGGCUGGUUUCUUGAUCCUCUUCUUCUUGGAAACUAUCCUCUUUCAAUGCAAACGCUAGUAGGUGAAAGAUUACCAGAAAUCACCCCUGAAGUUUCAGAGUUUCUAAUCCGCACCCUGGACUUUGUUGGAAUUAACCAUUACACCUCGUUAUACGCUAAAAAUGAUAAAACAAGAAUCCGAAAAUUCAUACUGAACGAUGCUUCCACUGAUGCUGCUGUCAUUACACCUUCUUCAAGAAACGGAAAAUCCAUUGGAGAAAAGGGCACUUCUACUUGGUUACACAUAGUGCCAUGGGGUUUGAGAAAAUUAGCAAUAUAUAUAAAAGAAAAAUACGGGAAUCCACCAGUAAUCAUCACUGAAAAUGGUAUGGAUGACCCAAAUAAAUCUAGUAUAGAUUUAGAAGAAGCACUACAGGAUGAUAAGAGGAUAAGUUACCAUAGAGACUAUUUAUCAAACCUAUCAGCUGCUAUUAGGGAAGAUGGUUGUGAUGUGCGUGGUUAUUUUGUGUGGUCACUUCUUGAUAACUGGGAAUGGAAUUAUGGGUAUACGAUUAGAUUUGGAUUGUAUUAUGUGGAUUACAAGAAUAAUCUCACAAGAAUCCCGAAGAAAUCUGUUGAUUGGUUUAAAAGUGUUCUUAAAUUGGAGAAGAAUAUUACAACCUCAUUUGCUACAUAACAGGGAAGAAGACAGGAUUAUAGAAGUGUAUAUGAAAACAUGUGUAUGUAACCCCUUGUGUUCUUGAACAUUGUGUAAUUUGUAAAGUUGUUGAUAUAAAGUUGAAAACGUAGUUAGCAACAAGGGGGUCCUUGGUCCUAAUGUCAUGGUUAUAACAAAGCUAAGUGUUCCAACAAACAAGAAUAAACAUGUACUCUAUAUUCAAUUAGUAUCC